UCAGACAGCUCCCCUUGUGUCUUCCCUUUCGUCUAUAAGGGCAAGACCUACCACAGCUGUACGGCAGUCGAUGACCACAUGGGAAGGCCCUGGUGUGCUACCACUCCCAACUACGACAAAGACCGUCUCUGGCGCUUCUGCUUGAGCAAGGCCUAUGGGGGGAACUCAAAUGGUCAGCGCUGUGUAUUUCCUUUUGUUUACAAAUCCCGGCGAUAUCACAGCUGCAGCAACCCUGGAAGCAAGAAAGGAAAUUUCUGGUGCGCUACAACCCAGAACUACAACCAGGAUAAGCUGUGGAGCUAUUGUCCAGAUAUCAUCCUGGGUGGGAACGCAGUAGGAAAGAGCUGUGUGUUCCCCUUCGUCUAUAAUAAUCGAGUGUACUGCACCUGCACCAGCGACGGGGAGAGCUCGGGAAAACUGUGGUGCAGCACCACCAGGAAUUAUGACGUGGACAAGAAGUGGACUUACUGCUCCAAGCGAGACUACGACAAGCCCUGUGUCUUCCCCUUCAUCUACAAGAAUUUUAAAUUCCUCACCUGCACUAACCUGGCAGAGGCCAGCGGGAAGUUCUGGUGUUCUACCACAGACAACUACGACCGGGACCGUCGGUGGACCUACUGCCCUACCUGAGACAGGUGACAGCCCCAGAGCCGGGAGGAGACAGAACGAUGACAUUCUAAAUUAAAUGAAAGCAAUGAGCCCUGCUCUGGAUACCUCUGCUCUCCCAACAAAGAUCGCUUCUGAUCAACAGAUACCGGU